UAAAGGUGCACAGAAGCCUCCAAUCUCUUCUGCUGCAUAAGGGGGAACAAUCCACUUCCCGCAGCUGUGAGAAUGUUGGAAAGAAGGAGCAAGUGAACGCCUGCAACAGAAACAUCCUCCUGUGAAGCAGAGCCUGGUAGAGCAUUCUUGGCUGGCUUGGCUCCGGCUAUGGACGUGUGUCUGAGCUCCACGCAGCAGCCUGGGCGCCUGGGGGAAGGACUGAGCUCCCCGGGUGGCUGGUUAGAGGCUGAGAAGAAGGGGGCUUCGCAGAAAGACAGCACCGGGGGAGCCCUAGAAGAAUCCAACAGGAUAGAAGCAUCUCUUCACAGCCUCCAGACAUUUGUUCCUACAGAUUACGCCAGCUACACUCAGGAGCAUUAUCGGUUUGCAGGAAAGGAGAUUGUCAUCCAGGAAUCCAUAGAGAGUUACGGAGCGGUGGUGUGGCCAGGGGCUACGGCUUUGUGUCAGUAUUUGGAGGAACAUGCCGAGGAACUGAAUUUCCAAGAUGCAAAAAUACUUGAAAUUGGUGCUGGACCAGGCCUUGUUUCCAUUGUGGCCAGUAUUUUAGGAGCUCAAGUCACAGCAACAGAUUUGCCUGAUGUCCUGGGAAACCUUCAAUACAAUCUUUUAAAAAACACACUACGAUGUACAGCACAUCUUCCUGAAGUGAAAGAACUGGUAUGGGGUGAAGACCUGGACAAAAACUUUCCCAAGUCAGCUUUUUACUAUGAUUAUGUCCUAGCCUCAGACGUGGUCUACCAUCACUACUUCCUGGACAAGCUGCUCACCACCAUGGUGUACCUUUCCCAGCCAGGGACGGUGCUGCUUUGGGCAAACAAGUUCAGAUUCAGCACUGACUAUGAAUUUUUAGAUAAAUUCAAGCAAGUUUUUGACACAACACUGUUGGCUGAAUAUCCAGAGUCAUCAGUCAAACUUUUUAAGGGGAUACUAAAAUGGGACUAAAUCCAACAAAAUGCCUUUCACAACGUUACUGUGUCCUUUGAGCAAUGUGUUAGAAAUUGCUUUGUUAAUACAGACUUCUUUUAUAGGAUUGAGAAGGUAGUGCAUAGAAACAACUUGUAUACUUGGAACUAAUGUAACAAUACUGCAGAAACUUUCUAAGAUAACUUAAGAUUAUCUGGUUAAUCUAAAUAUCUAAAAAGAAUAACUUUAUAAAAACAUGAAAAGUAGCUUUGUUGGUUCCAACGAAGUUACAUGUUUAAUAAAUCUUACAUGGAUAAA